CAUGCUUGAGUCCACUGGCAGGCAGAUCCACUAGAGCAGCAGCAGCCCACGGUGUCGGUCCUCCCUACUGAUGCAACCCACACUGUCCUCACCGAUCCUUCCCCGUGCUACUGCAGUGAUUGUGGUUGUGAGCAAAAUCAGCGCUAGUCUGCACAUCACAGGCCACCAAGCGGUGAUUCCAGAGUGUGGAUCGACACUGUUUCGGUUGCUCGGAGAGACGGUGGGACCUGAGCUCGGAGAUGCCGGAAGGUGGUGGUGUUGUUGCUUCGGACUGGUUUUACAUUCCCUCCGACACUUUGCUGGCGGUCGCUCCGUGACGUGAGGAUCCUUCGGGGUGCGAAGGACAGGUCGUGGGGAUGCGGAUUUGAGCGGAUGAGGGAGGGAGGGAAUUGUGUAGGUAUAUAUUGAAACCCUCGUUUUUAUUUUUCUUUUCGCGAAGGUGGAGCGGUGCGGCAGGGAACGGUUGUGGAUUGCUAGGGACGACUUGCAGUGGUGGGCUGGGAAGACGUUGGGAUUGAUUCGUGACGUCGUUUGGGGUUGAGUUUGAUCAGAGAUUUGCAAUGGUGAUGGACAAAGCGGCUUUCAGAUGGCGGUCUUGUUUUCUGGUGGUUCUAUUACUUUUGCACUGCAUUGGUCUCUCCAACUGCGAGGAUAAAUUGGCCACUAUUCUCAGCGACACAACCUUGCUUGAGGGCUGUGGUUCUGAUUACCAGGUGAUCACCACCAUUAGCCAAGGGGAUGAGGUGAUGAUCCUGGGCGGAAAGAUUGGGGAAUCCGUGUUCGAUGAUAAUCUGUGGCUGUGCGUGUAUGUACCCAAGCAACGAUUGUAUGGUUACGUGGCCGAUUAUUUCAGCGAUUGUGGUCAUGUCGGAUAUUGCAAUCCCCCGUCGGGAGAGUGUCCUGUUUAGAUCGAUCUCCACGAACCUGGUUUCAGCUGUUGUACGUUUUUUACGGACUCAUAUAGAGUCCUUCAAUUUAUUCCUAGUCCUGGAAAUGAUGCAAUUUUCUGUAACAGGCAUUGCUAUCUAUAUCGAGAGAAAUCCAUAACCGGAAGAAAAAAUACAAAAAAGUUAAAAAUCUACAAUUUGUCAAAUGUGUUGUACCUGGAUUCGGUACAUUGCAAUAUGUGCACUGUAAAUAAUUCCGACUCGCACGUGAGCUUACAUGUGCUUCAAUAAACUUCCGCCGCUUUAAGCUCGUCGUGAUCA